CCCCAAAUCCCAUCCUUCCCCUCCUCUCAAGAUCCCUAAUCACCCCAUCCAUCUCUACUGCUAAAACCCUAGAGAAAUCCAACGCUCUUUGUGCCAUUGAUUAGGGUUUCCAUUGAUCCUCUCGAUCUGAUUCUAGGGUUUCUCACCGCGUUUUUGUUCGUGUUUUCCGUGAGGGUUUCGAUCUGAGGUGUUUGGAAGGGUUUGAGGAAGAGAUCGAUCCUUAUGGAUGCUGCCGCGGGGCGCGGCGGGUCUCUUCCUGUGGCUUCUUCGUCUUCACAACCUCCGAGGAAGGAAUGGCGUGCUGCUUCCGAUCACUCCUUCCGUAAUGGAAAAGAGGAUUUGGAGCAUGUGAAAUUGGGGCAGCCCGAUGAAAGAACGAUUUUCGAGGAGGGAGUGGGAUCUCUUGAUGUUGAUUUCUGUUCGAUCAGAAUUGACAGUGGAAAUGAUGACCCACUUCAGCAGCAGCUCCAUCACAUCUCGAUGCAGCGGCAGGAACUGCAGCGGAUGGAGAUUGAGCUCAGGGCGCAAGUGAUUGUGAAGUCAGAGAUUCUUGAUGUGCAGAACAACUACGAAGCGCAGUUGAAGGAGCAAUCCGGUGUUGCUGCCAAGCUAAAGGAAAAUCUUCGUGAAAGUGAAGAGCACAUUCGUGAGUUGGAGCUGAAGAUUGAAGAGAAGGAUAGAGAGCUACAUGCUGUGAACAGUGAAGCGGCUUGGGCAAAAGAGGAUUUUCUCAGGGAGCAAAGUGAGAAGUUAGCCAACUUCAGAAGAGAACGUGAUAACUUGGAAGCAGAAAGAGUGCAACAUUUGAAACAAAUCCAUGAGCUACAAGGACAUAUUAAAGAAAAGGAGAGUCAAUUUCUUGCAUUGGAGGAGCAGCAUAGGGUUGCACAGGAUACUAUCCUUUUUAAGGAUGGACAGUUAAAGGAUGCACAAGCUUGGAUUGCACGUCUUCAGGAAAUGGGUGCUCUGCAGCAAGCUGAGUUGCGAGAACAUGUUGAUCAGUUCCAUCAAUAUUACAUGAGUCUUCAACGUCAGUUUAUGGAUAUGGAAAGGCAUCAUCUUCAAGCCAUACAACAGCUUCAGUUAGAGCUAACUGAGGCAAGGGAGCGUAAUGGGGUGACAUCAGAUGGUUCGCAGUCAGCAAGUAGAAGUUCCUUGGAUUCAUCAUUUUAUGUCCAAAGUCAGGGUAACCAGAACAAUGCCACUAAUGAUGGUGGUACAUCAGAUGUUAACCCAAAGUUAACACCCAAUGGAAAGUUGGAUGAUAUACCAUCUUCUGUUUCAUCAUCCAACACUUUUACAAAGGCUGAAUAUGUCCCUGGCAUUCCUGUAGUUCCAUCUUCCAUUAUAAGGAUGGGUAGUUUUGUUCCUCCUGGCCAGGUGAAUCCAUUGCCUCCUUUUGUUAUGCAUCCACAAAGCGCUCCACAACCAGCAUCUUCAAACAGUGCAUCUCUUUCUCCACACAAUAUGGACACCUUUCAGGCAACUACAACACGUCAAUAUUAG